AUGUUCAGCAACAACCACAAAAAGCCUUUCACGGCCGUUACGGUCCAGAUUGAACGGAUGGCGAGCGAGGCGGUCGAGGAAGACGACUCGAGCGGCAUCCCGGAUCUGGUAGAAGUGAUACGCAUUCAGUCCUCAGGCCCGACGGAAGCGGCACGAGCACUACGCAAGAAGCUCAAGUAUGGGAACACGCACAGACAGAUCAGAGCUCUCGUGAUCCUCGAUGGCCUGAUACAGAAUGCUGGAUCGCGCUUCCAACGAACUUUCGCCGACGAGCCAUUGCUCGAGCGACUACGCUUGCUCCCUCGAGAUGAUGCGGUCGACCCACAAGUUCGAGAGAAGUGUGGAGUGCUUUUCGUGCAGUGGGCCAACGCCUACAAGAACGUCGCUGGCCUUGAACGCAUCGCCAGCCUUUACAAGGACCUACCCAAAACCUCACGUCCGCAGGCUGCCCGGCAGAAAGUGCUUCAGGAGACGGAGCGCUUCGAUUCGGACAGCGAGACGCCUAGACAGCAGACUCCACUAGGUCACCGCUCUCGAGCUUCGUCCAGCGCCAACAACCCUGUAUCGCUCAGCUCCACUUCAUCUUCUGGAUUCACGUCGAAGCUAUCCAAGACUAAAAAGACUGGAGCCGGCAAACCGUUCAGUCUCGCCAAGGAGAAAGACAGCAUGACGACUGCGAUAGCUCAAGCAUCGAUCGCCUCCACUAACCUGCUCAACGGUCUACAACUGAUCAACCGUGAGAACGAACGAGUGUCGCAGAACGCCGAAUGCGUCCGACGGUUCGAAGCCUGUAAGAACCUGCGAGGCAGGAUUUUGUACUACAUUCAAAACGUUGAGUCGGAUGACUGGAUCGGCAGUCUCGUCAAUGCCAACGACGAGCUUGUUAAGGCUUUGACGGCGUACGAGAUUACCGACCGUAGCAUUGACGAUGAUAGCGAUAGCGAUGCGUGGGAGGAAGCAGAGCAUUCAGCACCGAAGGCUCCUGGGUCUUCAGCUUCAAACACACAGCAACAGCUUGCUGGAUUGAAGCUUGAUGACACGCCACCUGCUAAGCCUCCACGACCUGGUAACAUUGCUAUGCCACCACCGCCACCACCAAGCAUGCCCACGGCUUCGUCAUCAAGAGACGACAAUGACGGGGACGACGAUCCGUUUGGAGACUCAAAUGCGGCGCCCACCCCGUACCACGAGCGAGAAGGGAUGACUUGGAGGGAGAUCUGA